CCACUUUGCACUGGGUCCUGCUCAGCUCUGACUGCCGCCUACAUGAGGACGUGGUAGUAUCAAUCUAGGAAGGACCGUUUAGAUGAUCGUUGUUCUGACCUGUUGUGCAUUUCUGCUGAACGAUGUUUGACCAGGCGGUGUGGGUUGCUGCUGUUACAGUGCUAGGAGUGCUGGAGCAAGCGUACUUUUCCCUGAAGGUGAUCUACGCUCGACGGAAAUACUCCAUCCCCCCUCCAGCUACCGCGGGACACCCCGAUUUUGAGAGAAUCUUCAGAGCACAAGCAAAUUGUUCUGAAUAUUUCCCCUUAUUCGUGAUUACACUUUGGGUGGCUGGACUUUUCUUCAGCCAAGCUCUAUCUGCUUUUCUUGGGUUCCUGUACAUUUAUGGACGAUAUCAGUACUUCCAUGGAUAUGCAGAGUCUGCACAGGGAAGACUGGCCCCUCUGUACUUCAUUGCAAAAGUGCAGUGGGGGCUGAUUGCCUUGUCGGCCCUCGGGGUGCUCUGCUCUAUGAGUCGGCUGCAUUUGGGUGUGGAUCUGCUCGGCUCUCUGUGUGAAGUGCUCGGCCUGAAUCAACUUGAGUGAAUGCAGGCAUUGGAAAACAUUUCACCUUCACUUUUUAAUAAGGAGUUUAAUAAAGACUUUUAAUAUGCAGGGUUUUAAUAGGGUUUUUUUUUUUUAAUCUUAUUGUUUCCGCAUUAUUUUGGCAGUUUAAGUAAUGAAUAAAUCACUUGAGCUAUGAUUGACAUGAACAUGGAAUUACAUGCUUAUUUUCCAUAUUACAACAGCUUGUCUUGAAUUUUAUUUUCUUUCUUUAUUUCUGUAUUGCUGACUUUUUUCAUUGAUUUUUCAUCAUUCAUUUACAAUAUAUUAUUUACAAUAUAGCAGCAGUAAACCUUGGUUCCCUGACACUCUUUAUUUCUUUAUUUCUCUUUUUUAAGUUAAUAAGAUGAAAAGGCAGCUUGUGAUAUGACCCAGAAACCCUUUGUUCUAAAAUCUUCCCUGUGUCAGAAAGCUUACUGUUACAGCUUAACUGUAAGUACUGACAGCCUUAAAUAAACGUUAAUAAUAAACAUAUCCACUUAUAGAAAACAUUACAA